GAGUACGUGCGUGUGUUGCCUUCGUCGUCGUCGCCGCCGCCGCCGCCGCCGUCGUCCCUGUGUAAGCGAAAGUUUCUCUCUGUAGUCCAAAGCGCGACAACACAAGGGUCUGGCGGUCGCAGGGACAGUACUCGAACAGCAACAGCAACAACAACAACAACAACAACAACCGUAACCGCAACAUGGUCGAAGACCAGGCAAAGCGGCAAAAGAGGAGACCAAUAAUAUGGAUUCGUUUUGGGCGGACAUGGUUCCGAGGCGAGGGAAAUUGAUGCUGAGUCCAACGGCGGCAGUGGGGACUUGGUAAGAGAUCAAUUAUGACCGGCCGCCAGUUCCGUCGGGUACUGUACGGGUUGCUGUGCGUGGCGUUAUUCGCAAUCGUGCUCCACAGCGGUCGCACGGCUUACUUGCUGGCCACGGACGGGCACUACGGCUCCAGAGUUAGCCUAAGACAAUGGAAAGCUGGACUCCAAGUCGACUACAGCGACCCGCAAUAUUUAGAUUCAUCACACAUAGACCCUAUAGCUUCGAUGGAACUGAACGAGGACAUUAAAAAAGAAUUACCAUGGUAUUUUAAAGAUGGUUCCUUAAAACCCCAAAGAUCUCGGAUAAGUCCCAGAACUGGCCACAGGACUUCUCACAUAUGGCCCAAAGAACAGAAAAACGGCGAUCGCGUGGAAGAGCAGCUUAUGUUUGUCCCUCCGUAUUACCAGUACGACGACGAGCCGAUGAAAAAAAUCUUACUGUUUAACGGUCUCAGCAACUGGAUGGUAAAUGAGGGCCAAGGUGUAUUUCUAGCAAAAAACUGUCCCGUCAAUAGAUGUGUAAUCACAACCAAGAAGUCCGAAGCGCCCUACGCGGAUGCUAUUUUGUUCAGAGACCAUUUUUCACAUCCUGGCCACAGGAAAUCCGGUAAUCAAGUGUGGAUCUUGUACUUGCUCGAGUCGCCAUAUCAUACGGAGCUCAUAACGUACAACGAUGUGUUCAAUUGGACAGCCACCUACCGACACGAAAGCGAUAUUGUAACGCCAUACGAAAGAUGGGCUUAUUACGAUCCAUCGGUAACCCAGGUAGAUCAGAUGGACCGAAACUACGCGUUCAAUAAGACCAAGCACGUGGCGUGGUUCGUGUCCAACUGUGGUGCCAAAAACGGUAGACUGCAAUACGCCAGAGAAUUGGCAAAAUACAUACCGGUAGACGUGUACGGCGUAUGCGGAAAAUUCAAGUGUCCCCGAUCGGACAAAUGCUUCAAGUUACUAGACGAUCACUACAAGUUCUAUUUGGCGUUUGAGAACUCCAAUUGUGCCGAUUACGUUACCGAAAAGUUUUUCGUCAAUGGACUACAACAUAACGUGUUGCCCAUCGUGAUGGGCGCUAAGCGUGAGGACUACGAUCGGAUAGCACCUAAGCACUCUUACAUCCACGUCGACGAUUACGAGUCACCCAAAGCUUUGGCGGAAUACUUGCAUCAGCUCGAUGGCGACGACCAACUUUACAACGAGUACUUCCGUUGGAAGGGCACCGGCGAAUUCAUCGACACCAAGUUCUUUUGUCGGCUCUGUGCUGUACUGCACGACAACUACCCGUCCAAACACUACCGGAACAUCAAUGAGUGGUGGCGAGGGCAUGGUGUGUGCAAUAAUGCCAUGCCGUGGCGUCGUUUUCUGGAGACGUUUGAGUUAUUGGAUUAGCAUCCGGCUGGCGGCGGUGACCAAGGCGGCGCCCAUCCUAUAGCGUCGGGCCAUUCCGACCGCCGCCGACCCGGCAUGCAGCUACAAAAGGCUACCGUCGCCAAAAUGAAACGACGUCGUCAAAACUGGUACGAUGAUUAUUCCAUCAACAUGAGUAACAACAAGGGCGGCAGGGUAAGAAGAAAAAGAAGACGGGGUCCCGGUAAUCAUUAGACGGUUCCAUUAUCUACAAAACCGAUAUGUACGUUCAUCGGCACAAGCCAUUAGCAUUUUGCUGAUGGGAUAAAAUCCUAGUAAUCUUAUAGACACUUAUUGUAUAAUAUGUAAAUUAAUUUGUGGUUAAAGAUUCUUCUUUUUCUUAGCUUUAUUAAGUCUAAAAAUGUACAGAAGUCGGUACCGUUGUUUAUAGAUAACAAUAUCUAUUACAUUUAUUAUAAAAUAUGUAUAUAAAUCGUCAGUCUAGUUAGCAAAGGGCGUAACUCCAAAAAAACUCAUUUUUUUAGUAUAUUAUUACACUUUUUAAAAGAAAAAACAAAUAGUGCGACGGCUAAUCAUAAUAUUUCAGUGUUUUGUUCCAUGAAACGCGUGAUAAACAGUUAGCAAUUGUUCAUUGAAAUAAAUUUAAUAUAUUACAAGUUUUUUCCUUCUAGUGUAAAAUUUGAUAUUUUGGAGUUACGUCCUUUAAUAACUAAGCUGACGAUAAGUUAUAUAUACGGUGUACACAAAGUCUUAUACGUUAGUUUUAGUUAUUUCUACCUAAAGUGUACCUAUACGUAAUAAUAUAACACAUUAGCUUAUUAUAGUCAAAUUUAACUAAUGUAGAUGUAGUCUUGAAAGUGUUAUGGGUCCAAAUCCUUGUUUUUAGUUAUAUUAGAUGCAAUAAUGAUAAAUAUUAUUAUUAACUUUUUUCAAUGCUAAAAUUGGUUUUAUAGAAUUAUUGGCGAUAUUUUAGAUAACAUAGUUGUGAUGGCUCGAAAAAAUCUAGUAUGAAUCUAGUAGAACCCAAUUCUAAAAAUAAACAAUUGGCGUAAUGAUUAUAAAUUACCUAAAAACAGCUCUUUAUAGUACGUAUGUACAGUUAAAAAUUGUUAUUUAAUUUGAAACAAACUGAUCUUAAUAUCUAAUACAUGUUUAGAGCAAAAACGUUUUUUUCUGAAUACAAAUUACAAUUUGUAACAACCGACUGAUAUUUUUAACUUUAUCCGCUCUAAUUCAACAGCAUAUAAAUUAUCAUAAUAGAUCGGUGUCAAUUUUUAUGUGUUACAUUAUCCUAUACCGCCAUUACGGUAUUGAUAGCUUCAUAAAUAAUAUGUGUAAUAAAAAGCAUAUAGUAUAGUAAUAUAGUCACGAAGUAAUAUAUUAUAUACAUAAAACUAAUAAUUAUUGUACUGACUUAUAACAUGGGGUCACUAAAAGAAUGAAAGACUCUGGUUUAAAGCUAAUUACAAGAAAAUGCAUGUUAUAAGUAUUAUUUUAUUUAAAUUGUUUUUCCAACGAAUUGUUUUUAUUUUUUAAUGUCAUGAUAAUUUGUAUUAUUUGUGUUGCAUUUAUAAAAAAUAGAAAUUAAUUUACAAUGACCAAAACUGCCAUUUGAAAAAUUUAGUAUAUUUGAAAAUAGUUACAAUUAAAAAAUAAUUUAAAACUUUAA